CCCUCUAUAAAAGAGGCGGAUUAUCGGUACCCUCCAUCUCCACCUUCCACAUCGAAUUUUGUCUUUCGGAGCCGAGUCUUCCUACAUCGGACGCAGGAUCUUCCAUUGUAAUCAUGCCAACGAUGCAUGUUCUCAGAAUCGCAGCGGGGAUCGCGAUCAUCCUGCUCUUUGCCAUCCAAUGCCUGGGUCUCACUUGGACGAACUGCCGGUCUCCACUGGAAGAGGCAGAAGGGUUGAUUAUGGUUUUCUCCACAUGCGGGGCGGGGUCCGGAACGAAUAACGACUGUGGUUCUAGCAUCGCCACCUCAAUCAAGUGUUGUUAUGUGACUGAAGGGAACCUCACAUCCGAUUCGUGCCGGGUUCAUUACGGUGAUGCCGGGCAGGUGCUCUCCUGCUUCGAUGACGGACAGUUCAUGAAGGGUGCCUGUGGCUCCUUCUCCGAAGGGAGCUGUGACGGCCGCAGCCACUCCAUCACUUGCUGCACCUAUUACCUGGACGAUUCAUCGUCGUCUAUACCCAAUCGCAGGCUGAUCCCGGGAAUGCUGACGCCGGAGGGUUCAUCCAAUGGAUAUAAUUCAACAUGUGGAAGUAGAAGAGUAGCUGUGGGUCGUUGUGCAUCCGGGUCCAACGCUAAUUGCUCAAACGGCGAUUACACAGCGUUGACGUGUGCCUAUGCUGCCGGUUGUUAUGAUUGUCCCUUGUCCUAGAAAAGCCACACUGAUAGCAGCAAUACAGAAUGUCUUUGGAGC